AUGCCGCUCGCUUCCAUCCUCUCAUCGCUUCCAUCUCUCCGCCUUCCACAUUCCUACCAAGACCGAGUCAACCUCGCGCUCGGCACCGCCGCGUUCUUAGGAACUACCACCAUCCUCCUCCCCGCCGCUUACCGCGACUACCGCACCUUCAAAUCAUACGGCCAAGGAGGCGUCCCGAAUAAUGUCAUCGGCUGGCUGAUCGUGCGCCUGCUCUUCCAGCCCUUCCGCAGGGAGAUGCUCGACACAGAAGUCUACUCGCGUCGCAUCGACGCCGCCGAGGGCCACGGGAUGGGUGGUGAUGGAUAUUUGACACUAUCCAAAGAACAACUGGCUACGCGAUCGCCUGAGGCCAGGCCCGAGGUGGGCCCGCAUGUUGCGCCGCAGCGCCAGUUGACACAAAUUCCAGACGAGGAUAUCAUGGAGAAAUUCCGCGCUGCGUUCCGAUCCUUCGGUUUGCGUAACCACCACCUCGUUAAAUUCCACCAAUCCAACCUGGAGCAACAUGCAGAUGGAUUCUUCCUAGCGGACCACCUUCCCAUAACCGAUCUGGCUGUGAGCAUGGCGGGAGAGAUUGCGCAUAUUCAUCAGGGUUAUGACCACUCCGUGCAUGCCGUCUUGUCGCCUGCAGACUGUAUCAAAAUACUCGAUGCGGGAUGGGGCCAGCGCCAUGGUUUCUCGGGUACAUCAGCUAUGACAUACCUAUCCUUUGGGACAUUGCCUGAUCUACCUGCGGAAUAUAUUCUCAUUUAUGCGCCACGCACGGAAGACGAAAUCAAAAUCGUGAUGGAGAUUAUCUCGGCCAGUGUGAAAUUCAUGACUGGACGAGAAGACACGCGGUGA